AUGGCUCAGACAGUGGGAAGGACCGUGGCAGCUCCAUUGCUGUUUCUCAACUUGAUCAUGUAUUUUAUUGUAGUUGGUUUUGCUAGUUGGUGUCUUAACAAGUUCAUCAAUGGCCAGACCAACCACCCUAGUUUUGGAGGAAAUGGAGCAACAAUGUUCUUUCUGAUAUUCGCCAUAUUGGCUGGGGUGAUGGGCAUAGCAUCAAAGUUGGCUGGAGCAAACCAUAUCAGAGCUUGGAGGAGUGACAGCCUAGCUGCAGCAGGAUCAUCAUCAGUUGUGGCAUGGGCUCUCACUGCACUAGCCUUUGGGUUGGCAUGCAAGCAAAUAAGCAUUGGAGGACACAGAGGAUGGAGGCUGAAGAUCUUGGAGGCUUUCAUAAUAAUCUUGGCAUUCACUCAGCUUUUGUACAUCCUGCUACUUCAUGCCGGAGUCUUCAGCAGCAAGUAUGGCCCGGGUUACCGCGACACCGACUACCCGGCUACUGGUGUGGAUCCAAUACACAAGGGCACAGCUGGAGCAGUCCCUGCCACUAGGGUUGUUUGA